GCGUAUGCGUUUUGCCGCCAAUUUUGACUGACGGUUUAUUUUUUUAAUCGUUUUUUAAUAGUGUCAAUCGUCAGGCAUUAAGUUUGUGCUUUUGUUUUGUGUUCUGUGGUAAAAGGGAGAUUUUAUUCGGUAGUUCCUACAGAGUAUGUGGGUGAAAGUUCUCAUUUAAGUCAAACAAGAUGGCGCCCCAAGAGCGAACUCCUUGCUGCGACGACUCCCGCCAAAGCGGAGACAUAGACAAACCAAGCAUAGACACUUUUAAUAAAUCUGAUAGUACAAAUGUCACAGAUAAACGGAAAGCCACAGAUUUCGACGAUCUAUUGCCAUAUAUAGGCGAAUUCGGUUUAUAUCAAAAAAUAUUGUUCUUAUUGAUGAUUCCAUUCGCAUUUUUCGUCGCUUUCGUGUAUUUUUCGCAAAUCUUCAUGACAAUUGUCCCGGAACAGCAUUGGUGCUGGAUACCGGAGUUAGCGAAUUUGACAGCUGAAGAACGCCGAGCGCUAGCAAUACCAGCUAAAAUCGGGGGUCAGUUCUCACACGACAGAUGUCAAAUGUACUCAACUAACUGGUCACUUGCGCUGGCGCAAGGAAGAACCACACCCGAUGAUGAAUGGCCCAUAGUGCCAUGUGUCACCUGGGAGUAUAACAGGACAGAUGUGCCAUACGAAACUAUAGCUUCCCAGCUUGACUGGGUGUGCGACAAAGACAACCUAGCAGCUACAGCUCAGGCCAUCUUUUUCUGCGGGGCGAUCGUCGGCGGUCUUGUCUUCGGAUGGAUCGCUGAUAAAUAUGGAAGGAUACCGGCUUUAGUUGGCACAAAUAUGAUGGGAUUUGCCGCCGGCGUGGGAACUGCAUUCUGUCAUAGUUUUUGGUCCUUCGUGCUCUGUCGGUUUUUCGUUGGGCUGGCGUUUGAUAAUUGUUUUACCAUGAUGUACAUUUUAGUUUUAGAAUACGUAGGACCGAAAUGGCGUACGUUCGUUGCGAAUAUGUCCAUAGCUAUAUUCUUCACUUUUGGCGCAUCAAUUCUGCCCUGGAUCGCCUUGUGGGCAGGCGAUUGGAGGAGAUAUGCGUUAGGAAUAAGUCUGCCAUUUAUAUUCGCUGCUGCUACGCCUUGGGUGGUUCCUGAAAGUGCCCGAUGGCUCCUUUCACAAGGAAAAGUUGACAAAGCUUUGAUAAUUAUGAAGAAAUUUGAGAGGAUUAAUAAAACAAAAAUUCCUGAUAAAAUACUCAAUGAAUUUACUGAAGCCUCACAACAAGCCCUCAAAGAUUCUGAAACCCAAAGGACUUAUUCAGUCCUGGAUAUCUUCAAAACCCCUCGACUAAGGCGUAACGCGAUCCUCCUCAUCAUUAUCUGGAUGGGGAUAUCAUUAGUCUUCGACGGCCAUGUCAGGAAUGUUGGAUCUUUGGGCCUGGAUAUAUUUAUGACUUUCACAGUGGCAACGGCAACGGAAUUUCCAGCUGAUACGUUUCUGACACUCGUGUUGGAUCGAUGGGGUAGACGAUGGCUAGCUUGUGGUUCAAUGGUCAUCAGUGGUCUUUUCAGUCUACUCGCAACUACUGUACCAAUUGGCGGUCCCUCUGCAUCUUUAGCAAUAUUGGGACGAUUUGCAAUAAACAUAUCGUACAACAUCGGUCUUCAAUACGCAGCAGAGCUACUUCCCACCGUUGUACGAGCCCAGGGCGUGGCUUUGAUACAUAUAAUGGGAUAUGUGGCAUCUAUAUUGGCACCUUUUGUUGUUUACUUGGCUACGAUAUCCCCGGAACUACCUCUGUUAAUUCUAGGGGUUUUGGGUAUCAUCGGUGGGUUCCUUUGCCUCCUCUUGCCGGAGACUAUGGACACGGAGUUGCCCCAAACUCUGGCGGACGGAGAGGAGUUUGGGAAAGAUCAGAGGUUCUGGGACAACCCUUGUUUCCCCAGGAAAAAAGAGAUUCCAGUACAACGAUUAGAGGCCCCCCAAGAGAGCUUUGUGAGGCCCCUCCCAGGAAUAGGUUCGCGAGCCUCUAUCAGAGCAUCCAUUCGUCUGUCAGCUAGAUCUAAACGUAAUGAUAAUGUCUCUUAAAAUAAAAGUUUAAUACGAAUAACACCAAUGAAGGAGGCUAAACUAAUAUUUAUUUAGGCAUUAUAUUCAAAAUCACAAAUGUAAAUUUCUUGGAAAUUAGAUAUUGAUUGAGAAGUUCUUAAUUACGAACAAAACAUAGGAUAGAAAAAUUAUAGCGACAAUAACUUAUUGCAUUAAACAACAUUUAACAUUGAGCAGCCACGAAAGCGGGCUGUUCGGGGAGUUUGUUGUGUUUCCCCAAAAGAUUCGGUACGGAAUAAGUUUAAGGAAUUAAAUAUUAUGACACUACCUGGUCAAUAUAUUCUUGAAGACUUUAAAACAAAUGGUGACAUUCAACAAUAUACUCGAAAAAGAACAAAUCUAAGCGUACGACCAAUCAUGCUCCAGAAGAUUAACUAUGCCUUAUAAAGAAAUUGUAUUCGUUUUUACAACAAACUCCCAAGCGAAAUUAGAGAAUGAUCACAGAGUAAAUUAAAAUUUUAAAUACUGCCUUGCGAUUCUGUAACUCACUUUUUGAACUCACACAGCGGUUUUCGCAGCGGCGGUCGCGCUCAAAUCUGGUUAAAGUUACUCCUCUAAAUCUUAAUUAUGUAAUCGUGGUUUUGUCUGUGUGAAAAUCUUAUAAGGAAGAUCUCUCAAAUGUUUAACACUUGGUUUGAAAGCUCUAUAAUUUCAAACAAAUUGUACAAGUAUUAGCAUAGAUUUCCGUUUUAGAUAAUAUGGACAAUUAACUCCCAUUUAAGUACGUAUUUAAUAAUGCAAAAUUUUAGUUUUAAGAUUUAAGAAGGUUGUUUUUUGUUAAUAUUUCUUGCCAUUUCGGUAAAAAUUUUGUGAAUUACGUCUGUGAUAUUUUAGAAUAAAUAUUUUUGAACUUUA